UUUUGCAACACUAUUUCUGGUUUGUUUUGAUUGAAUUACCUGAUAUAUUAAUUUUAGCUGUUAAACCAUGCUUAAAGCCGGAAAAAUUGGUCUUGGGAUCAGCAGAUCAUAUACAGCAAAGGCCAAGCGGGUAGUUCUGGCCCAGGAUAAGUCAAAAAUCAAGGAAUACACCCCGAAAACCACGGACAGCCAUGAGAACCGCGUUUACGUUUGGGGAUUCCAGGAAACUGGAGCUCUGGGCCUCCAAACCAAUGUGAAGAAAGCCAAGGAACGCUACACGGAGAUGGUUCAUCAUCCCACUAGGUUGCAAUUCUCCAACAAUAAUGAUAUUACGGAUGUGGCGGCAGGUUACGGGUUCACAGCCUACGCCGUAAAAAGAGACGACGGGGAGACACUUUUUGGCAGCGGCCUAAACACGGAUUCCCAACUGGGUUUCCAAGUCAAGGGUAAUCCGAAGGAUCCAGCCAAUCUGGAUGUGAUCAUCUAUCCCACAGCCAUAAAACUACCCAGAGUGCAAGGAGAAUCGGAUGAAGAUAUGCAGGUGAAGAGCAUGUCAGCGGGAAGAGCUCAUCUGGUGAUCCUGACCAGAAACGGAACCAUCUUCACAUUGGGCAACAACUCCUAUGGGCAGUGUGGUCGCUCUAUCAUCGAGGAGGAGCGUUACAGCAAGAGUGCCCUAAUCCACAGAAUUCCGCAGGAAGAUAUAUGCGGCAAGGAUGAUGAAAUAGUCCAGGUAGAAUGCGGACAGGAUCACAGCAUGUUCCUGACCAAAACCGGUCGGGUUCACACCUGCGGUUGGGGUGCAGAUGGUCAGACUGGCCAGGGAAAUUACCACACAGCCGGGCAGAUAACCCUCAUAGGCGGCGACAUAGAAAAGGAGAAAAUUGUGCGACUAAGCUGCUCAUCGGAUUGCGUUUUGGCCCUGAACGAAGCAGGCGAUGCCUUCGGAUGGGGCAACUCGGAGUAUGGACAGCUGGAUGACUCUGAACAUGCGCAGACCCAAAUAAAUGUACCCAGAGCUCUCAAGCUAACCAAAUCCAUUGGCAAGAUCAAGGAUGUGGCUGCAGGCGGAUCCUUUUGCAUGGCCCUCAAUGAUCAGGGUUUGGUUUACACCUGGGGCUUUGGCAUCCUCGGUUUUGGAUCUUUUGUGGAGCAAACUUCCAAGCCACAGCAUCUCUUGCCGCCGCUCUUUGGAAGGAAUGACUUUAGCAACGCGACUUCGGUGGUUUCCAUUGGAUGCGGAGUCUUUCACAUGGGCGCUGUCAACUCGGAUGGAGAUCUCUUCAUGUGGGGAAAGAAUAGAUUCGGUCAUCUGGGCUUGGGACACAAAAAGGAUCAGUUCUUCCCCUUCAAGGCGGCCAUCAAUGGUAAAGUUACCAAAGUUGCCUACGGAGUGGAUCACACUAUUGCUCUCUGCAAGGCCUACUUCUAGAUUUAACCGUGAAAUUGUUAUUGUUAAUAGUAUCUGUUUAAAAUAAUAAUAAUAAUUUAAGUUUAAAUAUAUGCUAGUCGAAAGAAACAUGUUUUUGUUAGUAUUCUAAUGAAGGAGAAACAUGUUAAGCCCGCCAAUAAAAAGAAAACGGCUAAAGAUCACAAA